CAAAAAGUGUUGGUGAUCGAACAAAGGCAAAUAUUAAAUUACUUAGGGUAGAGACAAUAGCAGGUGCCAGAGCCCAUCCACUCGUUAAAAUAGUAUCCGAUCUUUCUGCCCCACAGCAUUUGGGAGAUAAUGGGGAUUCAUCCACAAUUUUGGGUAUUUGCAGUGGCCGUCACAAUUCUCAUCUGUGCUUUGCAAGCGACUGAGACGGCAGCCCAGUUGAAACUAGGAAAGGAGAAAGUAAGCAAUUUGCAGUUUUAUUUCCAUGACAGAGUUUCGGGACAAGGCGUGACGGCCGUGGAGGUGGCGUCUGCUCCAUCCACCAAAACUUCGGCCACUUUAUUUGGAGCAGUAAUUGUGAUGGACGACCCAUUGACGGAAGGGCCUGAGCCCACCUCCAAAUUGGUGGGCAGAGCUCAGGGUUUGUACGCCUCUGCCAGCCAAGAGGAACUUCAUCUGCUAAUGGCGGUCACCUAUGUUUUUCAGGCCGGGAAGUUCAACGGCAGUACACUCGCCGUGGUGGGUCACAACGCCGUGUUUAAGGAGGUUAGAGAGAUGGCAAUUGUGGGAGGAAGCGGGAAAUUCAGGCUGGCUCGAGGGUAUUGUCUCGCCCACACUCACUCCUUCGAUCUCCACUCUGGCAAUGCAGUCGUCCAUUACAAUGUUACCGUAAUUCAUUACUAGGAUAAGUUAAUUACCCUCUGCCAAAGGGAUUAAUCUGGUUCGUUUCAUCCUGUACGACAAACAGGUUGGAGAUUGCAUUCCUACGUUUGGUGAUUUUAUUGUGACAAGACGAUAGACAUAUCACUGGUUAUUGCAUUCAAUGUAUGGUGGGCACCUUAUUUGGAAUAUAUAAAUAAAUGUAAAUGACAGGGUAUUAUGAUGUGUCAA